UGAUUCGCGGUGAAUCCUGAAAUGUCCUUCGAGACAUUAACAGAACUGAAUUCAAGACCGAGAAAUGAUAUCAUCCCGUUGUCAUGGCCGUUUGAGCAGCUCUCUGUCAAAACCUAGAGUUGUGUUACUUACAUAUGAGUCGGAGAGGCUAGGAAACUGAUUGCUUCAAGGCAAUCAGACGCAGGACGCAGUCGGAACGCAGUCUUACUUCACACGUGAACCACGUAGCACGUUCACGCAUCGCCAGCUCCAGGAUCAGGAGAAAAAGGACCAACCUGGACACAGCGUUUGUCAGCUUUCGCGGUAAAUCAUGAUGAUGAAAAAUCGAUAUUUCAUCAUUUUCGUAAUUUCGCUGUCACUCUUUAUUGGUGCUGCUAACCCAGGACUUGCCAUUAACGUAGGAAUCACUAGAGCCAGUCUACCUACCAGUCUAGGAACAAAAAUCGGCUUGGAUAUUGCCGGUCAAAGACUAAAUAGACCGGAAAUCGAUGGUGGUCAAAAUUAUCGAAAUUGGGCUGCGGAUCUCACCGCUGAAGGACCGCUACCGAGAGUACCUGUUCAAGGAUUUCAAGGAUCGACAAGUGGUGAUUGGACUGCAGGUCUCACCGGAGCUGGGGCACUGCCACCGAGAGUACCUGAUCCAGGACUGCCACCGAGAAUACCUGUUCAAGGAUUUCAAGGACCGAUAAGUGGUGGUCUCACCGGAGCUGGGGCACCGCCACCGAGAGUAUCUGAUCCAGGACUGCCACCGAGAAUACCUGUUCAAGGAUUUCAAGGACCGACAAGUGGUGGUCUCACCGGAGCUGGGGCACCGCCACCGAGAGUAUCUGAUCCAGGACUGCCACCGAGAAUACCUGAUCCAGGACCGCCACCGAUAGUACCUGUUCAAGGACCUCAAAGAUCUCAAGGACUGACAAGUGGUGGUCAAACACAGCCCAGUCCACUAUCUGCAGGCUCAAGGUCAAAUCCAGAAGUAACAAAUCGACCCACAGCUUCGCAUGUAGCAGCAAAUAUCCCGACUCAACCGAACCAGCCAUCAAACACAGGUCGUAUCGCUGGGACUUCUACUUCCAAUGAUCGGAGCAGACCGGGUACACCUUCAUCUCCUAAUUCUAGAGAAUCGUUUGCUGACGUUGCUGAUGGUGGCAGCAGAUUCGCUUCGAUGGGGUCGCCGAGACAAUCCGAGUAUCCUGGACAACCGAGUACGAGUGUAUCGGACACAAAGACCGCAGGUGCCGCCGGAGACAACCAGAACAAACCAGGUACAUCUUCUUCUACGGCUUCUUCUUCGACCUCGGGAAAAUCAAAGGCGAAUGUUGGUGGUAGCAGAUCUUCUUCACCUACAGAACUCUCUGAAGAACCAGCAUCAAGUGAGAAUAAACAUAAAACCACGACGAAAAGACCGGCAGAAGGACCGCCAGAAGUACCUGGGCCAAUUUCUUUACCAAAUCUGGUGACAGGCCCUUCCAUCAUGGACCUUAUUCCAGACAAGAAGAAGGAUAACACGGAUGAUGAUACGGAUGAUGACACGAAACCAAAGGAAAAAAAAGUAUACUCCAGUAAUCCAAUAUACUCCAGUAAUCCAACAUACAGCAAAGAGAAUACAGUUACUGAUGAGGACUUAGAAAAGCUGACCGAAACGCUCUACAUCAAAGAGAUGAAUAAUGCAAACCAAUACAUAACACUUAAUCUGCAACAGAAGACUACCAGCGGUAGUCCGACAGACCAAGCUCCACAGCCGCUACUUACAGUGAGCGCCGAGGCUUUCCAGAUUCCCACGAUUCAGAGGGUCCUGUCGAUAUUCGACAAUUAUCAACUGGACACUCAUAUGGACGAGUACAUCAGUCCAGUGCAAAGACAAGAGGAGAAGCUCCUUAUCGACACUUUCUUAAGUACGAGCGUGAUGUCCGCCGCGAUGCGUUUUCUCGCGGAUAAAGGAUUCGUGCAGCAAGAUUAUUACAAGUACAGAGACACAUUGAGGGGAAUCUGGUUCAAUCUGUUCUCACGCGGGCAAGGUAAAAUCGGUAGCGCCGGAUUCGAGCAGGCCUUCAUGGCGGAAACGAGGCAAGCGGAUUCUGGUACGGAGAUAUAUGGGCUACAUAAUUGGAUCUACUUCAAUGCAGAAGAGACGAAGAGACACAUCGACUACUUGGGUUAUAUGAACAAAGUCGAUUUAGGAAACAAAGGGUCCAUUGUCAAGGUAUACGUGAAAUUCAAUGGUCACGACAAGCCAGUUACGACGAUGUUCGUCGGCACCUCGCCUGAACUGGAAAUGGCGCUCUACACCGUCUGCUUUUACGCGAGACCGAACGGAAAAUGUCCCGUGUCUUUAGGAGGAACAAAAUUCAACAUAGUGACGUAUAAAUUUAAAUACAGAGGACAAGAUCUGAUCGGAACGGCGUACCCGGAAAUCUGAGGAUGCUGUACAAAAUAUACCUGUCAAAAAUUGUACAUUUCUUAUAUACUUUAUAGUAAAUAAAAUAAAUCAUAUAUAAUUGCACAGUUUGUAUCAACUCUAAGAUGAUGCUUCUCGCCACUCCGACUGAUCUCCCUCAAGUCUCAAGUCGGUAAGACAGUGACCAUUGCCGUAAUUACUUUAUUAUGUGACAUCACGCGCAGGAUC